AUGUCUUCUCUUUCUUAUCUACAGCUCUUCGCCUGGCCCCUCCAUUCUCUUACUGGGCCUAUCCUCGACAUCCUCAACAAGCUCUGGCAAAGCAUUCCUAUACCCUAUCAUCUUUUGUCCGACCGACCGAUACCUGCCUCGUCCUUCAGCGUCCUUUCCGCCAUCCCCGAAUCCAAGAUGGCUCCCAAAAAGAAGAUUGCUGUCAUGACCUCGGGAGGUGACUCUCCCGGCAUGAACGCUGCCGUCCGCGCCGUCGUGCGCAUGACGCUUCACAUGGACUGCGAUGCCUUCUGUGUCUAUGAGGGAUACGAAGGCCUGGUACAGGGCGGCGACUUUAUCCGGCAGAUGCAGUGGAACGACGUUCGAGGCUGGCUCUCUGAGGGUGGUACUCUGAUCGGUACUGCCCGGUGUAUGGCUUUCUACGAGCGUCCCGGUCGCUUGACGGCCGCCAAGAACAUGGUUCUCGCAGGCAUUGACGCUCUGAUUAUCUGCGGAGGUGACGGCUCCCUGACUGGUGCCGACAAGUUCCGUGCCGAGUGGCCUUCUCUGCUGGAGGAGCUUGUCCAGGAUGGCCAGUUGACGGCCAGCCAGGUCGAGCCUUACCAGCACCUCAACAUUGUUGGCCUUGUCGGCUCCAUCGACAAUGAUCUUACUGGAACUGAUGCCACAAUUGGCUGCUACUCGGCUCUCGCACGCAUCUGCGAGAUGGUUGACUACAUCGAGGCCACAGCUUCUUCGCAUUCGCGCGCCUUCGUUAUCGAGGUCAUGGGACGGCAUUGCGGCUGGCUGGCCCUCAUGGCCGGUGUCGCAACUGGUGCCGACUUUGUUUUUAUCCCCGAGAGACCUAGAGAGCAUGACUGGCAGGAGGAGAUGAAGGUGGUGGUUCAAAGGCACCGGAGUCUCGGAAAGCGCAAGACCAUUGUCAUUGUCGCCGAGGGUGCUCGCGACAAGGACGGCACCAAAAUCACUGCCGAGGAAAUCAAAGACCUUCUCGCCGACAAGAGCGAGGGUGGUCUUGCUCUUGAUACCCGUAUCACCACUCUUGGUCAUGUCCAGCGAGGCGGAACAGCUGUCGCCUAUGAUCGAAUGCUGGCUACCCUACAGGGUGUCGAAGCCGUCAAGGCGGUUCUCGAUGCGACCCCCGAGACGGAGACGCCCUUCAUCGCAAUCAACGAAAACAAGAUUGUCCGCAAGCCUUUGAUGAAGGCUGUUGCUGAGACCAAGGAGCUUGCCAAGGCUGUCGACGCCAAGGACUUUGAGAAGGCCAUGUCUCUUCGAGAUGCCGAAUUCUACGAUCAGUGGAACUCUUACAUGCUGACCACCAACGUCAUGGUGGAUGACCAGAAACUGCCUGAGAAGGACCGCAUGAGAAUUGGCUUCAUCAACGUCGGUGCCCCUGCUGGUGGCAUGAAUGCUGCUGUGCGUGCCGCUGUUGCAUACUGUAUCUCCCGAGGCCAUGAGCCCAUGGCCAUUCAUAACGGUUUCGCCGGCUUUUCCAGGCAUCACGGCGACAAGCCCUUUGGAUCCGUCCGUCCCUUUGACUGGCUCGAGGUUGACGGCUGGGCCAGCAAGGGUGGUUCCGAGAUUGGCACGAACCGAGAGCUUCCCAAUGAGUCUGGCAUGGAACUGAUCGCCAACCUGAUCGAGGACUACCACUUUGAUGCCCUGUUCAUCGUCGGUGGUUUCGAGGCCUUCCACUCCAUCUCUCAGAUGCGCAAGGCCAGAGACACGUACCCCUCGCUCUGCAUCCCCAUGACUCUGCUUCCCGCCACCAUCUCCAACAACGUUCCUGGAACCGAGUACUCGCUUGGCUCUGACACUUGCCUCAAUGAGCUCGUCAACUACUGCGACAAGAUCAAGCAGUCAGCUUCCGCCACUCGUCGCCGUGUGUUUGUCAUCGAGACUCAGGGAGGUCGCUCUGGUUACAUUGCUACCCUGAGCGGCCUGGAUGUUGGUGCUUCCGCCGUCUACAUCCCCGAGGAGGGUGUCAGUCUUGAAAUGCUCAACUCAGAUGUCAACCACCUCAAGGAAGUGUUCAAGAAGGACAAGGGCCAGUCCCGUGCCGGACGUCUGAUCCUGGUUAACGAGAAGGCCAGCAAGGUCUACAACGCCAAGCUCAUUGCAGACAUUAUCCGUGAGGAGGCUCACGACCGAUUCGAAAGCCGAGAGAGCAUCCCUGGUCACGUCCAGCAGGGUGGUGUUCCCUCGCCCAUGGACCGCUGCCGAGCCGUCCGCCUGGCCAUCAAGUGCAUCCAGCACCUCGAGGGCUUUGGCCGCAACGCUCACAACCACGUUAAGAAGGAUCCUCGGAGCACGACUGUGAUCGGCAUCCAAGGGUCGGAGGUUGUGUUUACGGAGAUGAAGGAGCUGGAGGAGACUGGCACCGACUGGCCGAACCGAAGACCCAAGGUCGCCCACUGGAUAGGAUUAUCCGAGGUGGUCAACAUGUUGGCAGGCCGGCCUGAGUACCCGACCCCGGAGAAGAGUCUGACAGGGCUGAUCGCCAAGGACACGAAGCGUGGCCUGUAA